AUGACCAUGGAUUUCCCUGACCAAUCCAAAAUCAGUGCCGAAAGGGCGUGUACCUCUCCUCUUGGGAUCAAUGGUGUGCCGCAGAUCAUCUUCUUCUGCAAUGGAUCACGCAUGUGUGAGAGAGAUCGGGAGUCCGAAGCCUCUAGUGGUGGCUAUAGGGUUGUGCUUCGCAAUCCCUGGGCUAGCAACGUCAACAGCCAGGAGGGAGCAGCUACCGGUUUCACUGCUGCUUCCGUGCCUUUCGGGCUUGAGUCGAAGUCGGGUUUGGGUCUCAAGUCAUGGUCCUACACACUCGUGGAGCAACAUCGCCCGGAAUCAGUCGUCAUCGAACUGUCUACCGACUCACAGGAGCGCUGGCACCGCCUCAACCGCGGACUCAACCACUAA